ACCCCAUUGAUCUUUUCCAUCUGUCCAAUCGCCUGAGAGUUCACCUGUGUUGUUUCUUUUCCUUUCAUCUGGCAGUCAGUUUGUCCCCUCUGUCUGUCCACUGCCUUGUGUGCCCCACCUGCCUCCUCUUCUCUCCCUGGGCCAUUCAGUCAUGGCGUGGGGCCACCAGGCCACAGUCUGCCUGGUCCUGCUAGGUCUGGGUCUGGGUCUGGCCAUCGUUGUGCUUGCUGUGGUGUUUUCUCCUCAUCACGCCUCUUGUGGUCCUGAGGCCUUCGCACAUGCUGCCGUCGCUGCCGACGCCAAGAUCUGCUCUGAUAUCGGACGAGCCAUUCUCCAGCAGCGAGGUUCACCUGUGGAUGCCGCCAUCGCCGCCCUGAUCUGCACUGGUGUUGUUAACCCUCAGAGCAUGGGCCUGGGAGGAGGGGUCAUCUUCACCAUCUACACUGCAUCAACAGGGAAGGUGGAAGUCAUCAACGCUCGGGAGACAGUGCCGGCCAGCCAUUUCCAGGACCUGCUAGACCGGUGUAAAAACACCUUGCCACUGGGCACAGGUGCCCAGUGGAUCGGGGUUCCUGGGGAGCUCCGUGGCUAUGCUGAGGCCCACCGCCGGCAUGGCCGCCUGCCUUGGGCUCAGCUCUUCAGGCCCACCAUUGCACUGCUCCGAAAGGGUUUCCGUGUGCCCUCUGUCCUCAGCCAGUUCCUCAACAACAGCUUCCUGAAGCCCUUCUUGUAUUCAUCAUCGCUGAGACAGCUCUUCUUCAAUGGGACAGAAGCCUUGAGAUCCCAGGACCCAUUCCCAUGGCCUGCCCUGGCAAACACCCUGGAGACCGUGGCCAUGGAGGGUGCAGAGGCCUUAUACACGGGGAGGCUGGGCCACCUGCUGGUGGAGGACAUUGCCAAGGAAGGAAGCCAGCUGACCAUUGAGGACUUGGCUGCCUUCCAGCCUGAGGUGGCAGAGGCCCUGGAGAUGCCCCUUGGAAACUACACGCUGUACUCACCACCUCCGCCUGCAGGGGGUGCUAUUCUUAGCUUCAUCCUGAACGUGCUGAAAGGGUUCAACUUCUCUGCAGAGAUGGUGGCCCAGCCUGAAGGAAAGGUGAAUGUGUAUCAUCGCCUUGUGGAGACACUCAAGUUCGCAGUAGGGAACAGGUGGCGGCAGUGGGACCCUCACAAACACCCAGGGAUACAAAACAGCUCCCAGGAGCUUCUUGGGGAGGCUCUAGCCCAGCACAUCCGCUGGCAGAUAGAUGACCGCGGUGACCAUCAGCUCAGCCACUACAACCUGUCUGGAGUCACGGGCAACAGGAUGGGCACCUCUCAUGUGUCUGUGCUGGGAGAAGACGGCAGUGCUGUGGCAGCCACCAGCACCAUCAAUACACCCUUUGGAGCGAUGGUAUACUCACCCCAGACAGGCAUCCUCCUUAACAACGAGCUACUGGACUUAUGCUGGAGGCACAUACCAGGUUCCACAGUCACUCCUCCCCCUGGUGAGAGCGGCUGUUUACUGGGUGGUACUCCUGGAAGGUGUGAGUGAUGCUUGUUGGCCCCAGUUCCAGGUGAGCGGCCACCAUCUUCCAUGAUACCUUCUAUCUUGGUCAACAAAGCCCAGGGAUCAAAGCUGGUGAUUGGUGGGGCUGGUGGGGAGCUUAUUAUCUCUGCUGUGGCUCAGACCAUCAUGAAUAAGCUGUGGCUUGGCUUUGACCUGACAGAAGCUAUUGCAGCCCCCAUCCUACAUGUCAACAGCAAAGGCCAAGUGGAAUAUGAGCCUAAGUUCAACCAGGAGGUGCAGAAGGGGCUCCAGGACCGAGGCCAGAGCCAGAGCAAGCGGUUGUUUUUCCUGAAUGUGGUCCAGGCUGUGUUUCAGGAAGGGCCCUGUGUCUAUGCAGCAUCUGACCGGAGGAAAGACGGAAAGGCUUCGGGAUACUAAGACCGCUUUGCCCAGAGCUAGGAUCUGGCCCUCUAUGAGUCCUGUGUCCCACAUGGAAGAAGCU